CCCAUUUUCCGGUGAGUGCGUCGAAACCCGGAGUUGCCGCGACCCCCUUUGCGGUUGCCGCGACAACCUUUGGAGGUUUCCACGCUCUUGGGGCCUUGGUUUUUGCGGGCGAAAAGGAAGCGGAGGAGGAUGCUCGGGACUCUGACAGCGAUGACCCAUCCGGCGCUGGUCCUUGUGCUGGGGCUGAUGAUGGUGCGCUUGGCGCGGAAGCCGGCCGUUCAGGCGAAGCUCUGGCUGCAGCCUGAUCCUGUCACAGUUGCAGUGCUCGCGCAGUCAUUCUUCUACCUGCCCUACACCGCCAUGGCGCCCAUCGUGCCGCUGCUGUGCCGGCGCUUCGAGCUCUCCGUGGAGCUCUGGGGCGCGGUCUGCGCCGCCGAGGGCGUGGCCAAGAUCUUCUGCGCCGUGCCGGUGGCUGGGCUGCUGAACAACUGGGGCCGAAAGCCCAUCUUGGUGUGGUCCUUCCUUUGCUUCUCAGUGGCGAUGCUGGGCCUGGCCUUCAGCGGCACGCUGCUGGAGAUCUGCCUGGCGCGGCUGCUCAUCGGCGCCGCCACGCUGGGCCAGAACUCCGCGCUGCAGAUGUACCUCUCAGACAUCUCCACGCCCGAGAACAAGAGCCGCAUCAUGGCCCCCGCACUCAUGGCCCAGAACAUGGCCAGCGUGCUGGGCCCGCUGCUCGGCGGGCAGCUGGUGAACCUGACGGGCGAGCAGAGCGCGAUGGCCUGCCUCGGAGCGGCCACGCUUGUUUUCACUGUGCUCAACCAGGCCAUGAUGAAGGAGACGAGGCCUCAGUUCGUGAGCCUCAAAGAAGAUGACAACAUCAAGCCCUACCGGGAGCUCUUCCAAGACCAGCGCAUCAUCGAGGCCGUGCUUUACGCUGCGGUGUACUGGGGCGCCUUGGCCUCUGUGCUCUUUUGCCUGGUGCCGCUGAUUCUCACCCGCGAGUUUGACUAUGGACCCUCCGGGGUGUCACUUUGUUACGCCCUGGUGUUCCUGGUGGGCUUCUUAAGCUCCAAGCCGGCGGCAGAGAUCGCGGACCGCAAGGGCCGCAAGGCGGUGCUGAUCCCGGGCUUGUCGAUCAUCGGCGUGGCCGCCAUGCUGUUCCCGCAGUCCCCCAAGUUGGCCCUCUUCCUCGGCGAGGGGCCGGCGCUGGCGGUGCUGCUGAGCGCGCUGGCGCUGGGCAUGGGCUUGGUGAGCCCUGCGCUGCCAGCCAUCUUCACGGACAACCAGAGACCCUCGCUGCAUGUGGCGUCUUUGUCGCUGCUGCGGCUCUCCACAGAGCUGGGGGCCGUGUCGGCGUCUCUGGUGAUUUGCUCCUUUGUAGAGUCCGUGGGCUUCGGCCCGCCCAUGUUCCUCGCGGGGCUCUUCGCGCUCUGCGAGGCCCGCCGCUUCGCGCGCUUCGACGGAGGCGAAGGCGAGCGCCCCGAAGGCCUGGCCGAGGCCUAGGAAAACGCGCGCAAGGAGCACGCGCAAGGAGCGCGAGCGCGCAUGGUGGCUGGCACGAGUUGCCCGUGAACCCCAGAUUCCAAGGCGCAAGAAGGAAGAGACUGGAACUCAUGAAGGUGGGCCGUGCCAGCCGGAAUUUUUUGGGCUAGUUUGAGUGUUCUGCUGACCUAGGAUCACGUGCUCUGCAAAGGGCAAAGCAUCGCACUUUUGACAGUCGCAGAUUGACACAAAUUCGGCCCGAGCCCGUCUGGCUCACAUCUUUCCCUUCGGUGGAAAAAUGCAUGUUUCAGCAGUUUUUUCCUCGCGACAGCGGGCAUAUGCUGGCCCGUACGCUGGCAUUUGCACAGCUAUUGUACACACUGUACAGGGGCCCGGAUUUUCGCGACCCGAGCUCAGUCCUUUCAGGCAGGAACAGCCUGUAUAGAGCCUGGGGUUGUGGCUUGAAGAGGGUUCCCAUGGGUUCCCUUGUCGGCUGUGAU